AUGGAGCUCAAUCAAAGGGUUUGGUUCCGACGAGAGUCCAGUGCUUGGGGUUGGGUACCCGCAGUGAUUGUUGGAAAGGAAGAUGUAACUAUUGGAGGCGUUGAGUUGAUCAAUAUCACCUUGGUCAAUGAUCGGAAUAUUGAAGGAAGCAACCGAGCAGGUGCCGCCGGAAGACGCAUCAAACGAAGCGGAAGUCAAUAUUUUGCCAAUGAAGUGGACUUUGAAGAAGUGAUUCAAGUAGACCCUGAACAAUUGAAGACUGCUGAUCACGACGAUAUCAAAUUGAGAAAUCUUCCAUCGUCCUUUCAGGUCUCGGGUGAGGAUCCUCAAUCGGGUGUCAUUGCAUCACCGUCCACGACUUUGAACAGUUCUGUAGUGGGAGGUGUGGAUGAUCUUAUUGAAUUGACACAUUUGCAUGAACCUGCUAUUCUUCAUGCCCUCAGGUUGCGGUAUGAUGCUGAUAUUAUCUAUACAUCCACUGGUCCCAUUAUGAUUGCGGUCAAUCCUUUCAAGCGUAUGGAUUUGUAUUCCGAUGAAACGAUGAACAAGUAUCGAAUUCAAGGAGAACAAGGAAAGAAUAAUAAUGCUUCGACAUUGACGGAGACUUCCAAAUUUGUUACACCCUACAAGAAGGGGCACAAGAAACCUGCUCCAACCGCAGCUCGUAGCCCCCACAGGCUACAUCCUCAUGUAUACCAAACUGCCGAUGAUGCCUAUAGACAGAUGCUUCGAGGAUUGGAAAACAACACACUUAUGGCUGGAAAUGACGAUCAUCAAGUUUCUCCUGCCAACCAAUCGAUUCUUGUUUCGGGAGAAUCUGGUGCUGGAAAGACUGUCACCACCAAGAUUGUCCUCAACUAUUUUGCCAUGCUGUCCCGAAAGCGAGCAGAAGCCGAGUACCAAUCCACUCCAAGCAAGUCGCCACGAAAUACCGCCGAUACAUCUCGGUCGGAUAACUUUUCCAUCGAGCAACAGGUUCUUCAAUCGAAUCCUAUUUUGGAAGCAUUUGGAAAUGCUCGUACCAUUCGGAACGAUAACUCUUCUCGUUUCGGAAAGUACAUUGAUAUCAACUUUUCCAAGAAUGGAAAGCUAUCAGGCGCAAGUAUUGAAACUUAUCUAUUGGAAAAGGUUCGUCUGAUCCAUCCCUCACCUGGAGAACGUAACUACCACGUUUUCUACCAAUUCUUGGAAGCUGCUUCGGCAAGAGAACGCCAAGACUUUUUCUUGGGAGGAAAGACAGUACACGACUUUAGACUGCUUGCGGACAGUGGUACCUUUGAUCGACGUGAUGGUGUCAGUGAUCAAGAAAACCACAACGAGAUGUUGGAAGCCAUGAUGACCAUGGGAUUCCAAGGAGAAACCAUCCAAUCGCUGAUGAGAUUGAUCGUUGCCAUCUUGUUUGCCGGAAACAUGAGCUUUACCCCAUCCGAAGAUGGAGAGUCCUGUAAAUUGGACAAGACUAAGUCUGCCUUGGCGUGCGCUGCAUUGAUGGGAAUCUCCUUUGAUGGACUUGCUGCGGCAUUGACUUCGAAAUCAAUCGUAGCUGCCAACGAGUCUGUCGAGAAGCUUUUGACGAUUGAGGAAUCUGGAAAAGCAUGCGAAGCACUCAUCAAGGCUGUCUAUGGUGCCGCUUUUGAUUUUAUUGUCCAACAAAUCAAUGCUUCAAUCACUACUGAAUCAUCCAAUCAAGCUGCAAAGGCUGCUUCUAUUGGAGUUUUGGAUAUUUUCGGUUUUGAAUCCUUUAAAAUCAACUCGUUUGAACAAAUUUGCAUCAACUACACCAACGAAGCCUUGCAACAACAGUUCAACCGAUACGUCUUCAAAUUGGAACAGCAGGAGUAUGAAAAGGAAGGAAUCAUGUGGAAGUUCAUUGCCUUUCCUGAUAACCAGGAUGUUCUCGACUUGAUUGAUAUGAAGCACACUGGUAUCUUUGCUCUUUUGGAUGAACAAUGUAUUUUGCCACGCAGUAGCGACCAAAAGUUUACUCGAUACCUGUAUGCUCGGUGUGACAAGCACUCUCGAUUCUUCGCCACUUCGAAGCAACGUGUGGACUAUGUCUUUAGCAUUGAGCACUAUGCUGGUCUAGUCGAAUACACACCCGAUGGAUGGAUGGAGAAGAACAAGGACCAGCUUCCUUCAGCGUCCUCUGAAUUGCUUAAGACUUCUGACUUUGAAUUGAUUCAAGAUAUCAACCGGUUUGUCCGAUCCGAAGAUCGUGGUGGACGUGGUACCGUCGCCACCAAGUCCGUUUCUUUCCAAUUUGCCUCACAACUACGAACUCUUCGAGCCCGUAUUGAGAAAACCAUUCCACACUACGUGAGAUGCCUCAAGCCGAAUGAUGAAUUGAUUCCCGACUUUUUCGAGCCCAAGAAUGUUGUGGAUCAAUUGAGAUGUGGUGGAGUGUUGGAAGCUGUCCGCGUCAGUCGUGCUGGAUACCCUACUCGUUAUCCACACGACGUCUUUGUUGCCCGAUACUACAUUCUGGGACCCGACAGCCAUCAGCCAGCACCAAACAGCUUUGGCGGCAUUCGCUCUCCCAUGUUUUCUCCAGGUGGCACUGCAAAUGAAGACAAGGCUGAAGAGUUGAAGCGUUUGAUUGGUAAGAUUGCCAUGGAUCUUUGGAUGGUGGAUCACGAGGCUAUGCAAGUUCAAUUGGAGUUGGAGCGCCAACGCCAGGCUACUUCAACUUCCAACUACGCCAUCGUUGAGACCAAGCCACAUCAUGAUGCUUUGUCCAAGAUGAACAAGGGUCAGCCAAAUCUUUCCAGAUCACUGGCAGUGGAGAGUUCAAUGAUGACCCCGGAACAGCAAAGAACCAAGUACAACAAGAAGAAGAACAAGAGAGGAGACCGUGAAGACAACCACCGGGUCUCUCGACCAGAGACCCAAGAAGAGUUUUUGGAUUUGGACUUUGCCUCUCGUUGCGCAGUCGCUGGUCUUCAAUUGGGGCGCACAAAAGUAUUCUUGCGUCGUGAAGCUUUCGACCGCAUUGAGUCUUUGAGAUCCGAAAAAUUUUACGAUGCAGCAUCCAAGAUUCAAAAGAUUGUUCGUGGAAAGCUAUGCCGCGAGUACUAUGCCAUGUUGAUAAUGGAUUUCCGGGCAGCCCGCAUGAUCCAAUGUGCGUGGCGCCAAUGGUCCGCCAGGAUGUAUAUAUUUGAAAUUCAACUUGCUCGUCGCACUGCAGCAACGAUCAUUCAAAGAGCAUGGCGGUCGCAGAAGUAUGGAGUCGCAGAACCCGAAGGACCAACAGAAGAUGAUAUUAUUCGUGCUGUGGUUUCUGUUCAAGCCAUGUAUCGUGGUGCCAAGUCUCGCGAACAGUUGAUGGAGAGUCUCAGUGCACCUUCACCGAUGUCCGCGCCAAGACAUGUGGAAUCUCCCAAGCACGUUGUUCGUGAGCGUCAAUUAGCACCCGUUGUUCCCCAACGCCAAGUGGCCACACGUGUUGACAGUGCUGAACUUCAAGCACUCUUCAAUGAAAUUCAACAAGAGAACUGGGCCAUGGUGGAGAACAUCCUCGACAAGCACCCAGAACUUGCCGAGCAAGCUGAUAUGAAGACUGGAGAACUGGCUUUGCACAAGAUUGCCAGGCAUAGUGGAGCAUGGACUUUGUUGAUUGAUAUGAUUUUGGUCUUGUUCCCCAAGGCAUUGAUCCACCGUGACAAUAUGGGUGCUCUCCCCAUUCACCAUGCUUCUGCUCAUGACAACUUGCCUGCACUUGAAAUCAUCCACAGUGCCUACAAGGAAGGAAUCAAUGACGUCGAUAAGAUGGGUCGUCUUCCCAUUCAUGUUGCUGCCAACUAUGAUGCCGUCGAGGCCAUCAAGUUCCUUUUGUCCAAGAGCCCAGAAGGUGCCUACACAAUGGUUUACCGGCCGCCAGUAAACUCUGGUGGUGGCUUGCCACUUCACAUUGCCUGUCGCAACCAUGCUUCGAUUGGAGUUAUCACUGCACUUCUUGCCGAGAACUUUGCUUCUGCUAAGAGAACCGAUGAGAACGGCGAUCUUCCCUUACACUUGCUAUUGCGAUGCGGCGAGGUGGUUGAUCCAGUUGUCGUCAAGACAUUGUUGACUUGCUUUGCUGGGGCCGUCUCCCGAACUGACAUGCAUGGAGAUCUUCCCUUGGUCACUGCAAUCAAGUACCUCUGCUCUUCGGCUGUCACGAAUGCCAUUUUGAUGGAGUACCCAGAAGCUGCCGGAAUCUUGAAUGGAGAAGGUCACAGUCCUCUACACCUUGCCUUUAUCCACAAUGCCGAUGAUCGUACCAUCAUGGGACUCUUGAAUCAUGCUCCAGAAUUUGCUCUCCAAGUUGACAAGAAGACUGGUCUCUUGCCGAUCCAAGUCGCCACUGACAAUGAGCAUUCUCACUUCAUUGUUCACAACCUUCUGAAGCGUGAUCUUCCUGUUGAUCUUAAGGAAAAGAUCAGAGCUCAACUUGUUCCUCAUCACUUCUCAUGGAACCACAUUGUUACCAACUGCGAAGAUUUGUACUACCAAGUUGUAGCUAAGGUCCUUCAGUCGUGUACCCAACCACAAGUCUUGGCUCUUGCGCACGUCGAAGGACCAGAUGGAAAGAUUGCGCUUGGAUCAGCAACUCCAGUGUGCAAACAUGAAAUGAGAGUGAUGUUGCGUCUGUUCAAUACCUUGGAGGUCGUCAACCAACGCCCAGCCUACACCAAUCCAGUCAGUGAUACUCAAAUCUUUUACGCACUUCGAUACGAUCCACCACCAAAUGCUAGUGGAGCCUACACUGUUCUACAUGAAGAAAAGAACAACAAGGGUGAUGACUUUUUGGAAGACAUGGACGAUGCUUCACUCGUCUCUGGAGUUUCCAAGAUGAGCAUGCGGUCAACAAUGACGUCCAAGACGCAGCAAACGAUCGAUGACAAACUACGCCAGAUUCGAAAGGAGAAAGGACAGCAAGUCAUUGCCAAGCUCACUUCUCGCUCGGAGAUUGUCGAAAGAGAAUUGAAGAUUCGCAAGGAUUUCCACUUGUCUCGCCACUACGUACCUGCUGUCAUUAGUGUGCACCACACUGUACAACAUGCUGCCUACUCGGAAGCCAUGGCCGAACCUGGAUACUGUAUCACCAUGGAGGGUGCUGACACUACUGCGGAGAAUCUCAUGCUGGACAUGCGAAAGCAUGGCAAGGCGUUUCCUUUGAAGGCUUUGAAGCGCAUUGGAAUUUCGUUGUUGCACUUGCACGAGCACGGAAUCAUCCAUGGUGACUUUGGAACACACAAUAUUGGUAAAUUUGGGAGCCGAUGGAAAAUGUUGGGAGUUGGUGGGUGUGUCAAACUUGGCAGACCCACUGAUCCAGGCCGAGGAUUUUACCAUCCUCCUGAAGCCAUUAUCGUGGAGCAAAGGAGAGCCGCUCAAACGCAAAACAAGUUCUCUGCAUCCGUGGUUUCAAUUCCAGCACACACUACUUAUGAUAUUUGGGCAUAUGGUGUUGUGCUAUAUGAAGCUCUUGCUGGUCUUCCACUUGGACCCUAUGCAUGCCGCGGAAAGAGAGCCAUGAGCUCUGCCGAAGUUGCGAAGAUUGGAAUGUGGGACGAACAGAUCUUACGAAAAGCUCUUCGACAUAUUCCCGAUGGCAGUCCUGCACGCGACUUGUUGAAGCGUCUGCUACAUCAUGAUCCAACCAAGAGAAUCAGUUCCAUGAGACAGGUCUUGGAGCACCAAUUUUUUGCCCAAGGAACCGACGGAAGAGGAAGCGGGGGAGAACACUUGGAGCCAACCCAGACUUUUUCCUCUCUUCAAAGUGAUAACUCGAGACAAUCGGGAUCCGGCAACCAGCAAGCUGACCCAUUUGGAGGAAACCACGCAUUCGAUGCUGACUUUGCUGAAUUUUCGGAUGCCCCCAAGAUUGGGUUUUCCAAUUCGAAUUCCAGUGAUAGAGAAAAUGGCGGCUUUGGACAAGGUCGAAGUCAGGGUUCCAAGUCUGGUUUUGAUGGAGCAAGACAGCAACCAUCAAGGGCUUUUGGACAAUCACGAAACCAAGCUUUCUAA